AUGGCACGUCGACGUGGUACAGGUCUACGAGUUAACAAUGGCACGUCGACGUGGUACAGGUCUACGAGUAUAAAUGUAAACAUUAUAGAAGCUGUACAAUUGUCAAUGUUAACAAUUAAUCGGACACACCACCCCCCCCCCUCCCUUCCCUUACUUUCUCCCUCUCCCCCAGAUAUUGUACAAGAAAACUUGACUAAAAACGCCGAUGGUAACUAUGAGGUGACCUUGAUGACCAAGGCGACCUUGCACGCUAGUGGCCGAGUCGUCUGGGAACCGCCAGCCAUCUACAAGAGCUCCUGUAUCAUCAAUGUGGAGUUUUUCCCCUUUGACGAACAACAGUGCAAGAUGAAGUUCGGCUCGUGGACCUACGACGGGGACCAGGUGGACCUUGUCCACACUUGUGCUAAAACCAACCAAGCAAACGUCACCAUCAGGAACGGCAUUGACCUCCGCGACUUCUACCCCAGUGUGGAGUGGGACAUCCUGGAAGUGGACGCCGUGAAGAACGUCCGCGAGUACCCGUGCUGCACGGAACGCUACCCAGACAUCACCUUCAGCGUCACCAUGAGGAGGAAGACGCUCUUCCACACUGUCAACCUCAUCAUUCCCUGUGUAGCCAUCUCCUGUCUGACAGUGCUGGUCUUCUACUUGCCCUCGGACUCGGGCGAGAAGAUCACUCUGUGUAUAUCGAUCCUGCUGUCGUUGACCGUGUUCUUUCUGCUGCUGGCGGAGAUCAUCCCGCCGACUUCCAUCGUAGUGCCGCUCAUCGGCAAAUAUCUGCUCUUCACCAUGAUACUGGUCACCCUGUCGAUUAUUGUCACAGUGAUCGUUCUCAAUGUCCACUUCCGCUCGCCGGCCACACACAGUAUGUCUCCCUGGGUACGACGUGUGUUCCUAAACAUCCUACCUCGCCUGCUUAUUAUGCGCAGGCCCCACGAGGAGCCGGAGACCAAGCCGCCCAGGAGAGUGGUCAUACGGACGUGUAACGGGCUUGAACUAUGCAACGCCUCAGACAUCUCCUCGCGACUGCGUGGCGGCUAUCACUAUGAUGACAGCAUGACCUCCAGGGGUCGGAGACCACACACCAUGGAAGGGUUACUCUCCAUGGAUUACAUAGAGGAGCGGGGCGGCACCACUCUCAGGAGGAAACCCUACUCCAAGGAGAUUAUGGAAGCCAUAGAAUCUGUGACCUUCAUCGCCGAACAUUUAAAGAGGGAGGAUCAUGAUUCAUCUCUCCCCAGGAUAUGGAGACGGAAGUAUCCGGUGAUGGAAGACUGGAAGUAUGUGGCCAUGGUGCUGGACCGGCUGUUCCUGUGGAUCUUUACAACGGCCUGUGUGGUAGGAACGUUCGGCAUCAUUCUCCAGGCUCCCACACUGUAUGAUGAGAGGCUGCCUCUAGCUCCAAGCCCCAAGGAAGGCUGCAACUCCACCUUCACACCCAGAUAA